AAACCGGAGGAAGAAAUUGCCAAUAUUCCUCCCAGCGUCUGCCCGGAGAUAGAUAGAAAUGUAGAGACGGAAAGAUCGGAGAAAGAAAAUUCUUCUGGUAGCUUACCAGGGCACAUCCUACCGACCAAGAAUGGUGGGAAUGUUCAGGCUUCCUCGAGUAUAGUAACCGAAUUUGUACAAGAUUUGUUGGAAGAGCUACUCUCAUCUGAUGAUCCACUCCAGACUAUGAAGUUUUCUUCUCCCAAAACCAUAGUUCCCGGAUCAAUAAGCAUCAAAAAACUUGCCAAUUCAUUCUACCAGGCGAAUGUUGCAAGAAAUAAAACGAUCGUAGCAAAGCGAUCAGAGAUUACGUUAUGGUGUUUAUUCUCCGAAAGGUUCAAAGAUAAAGUUGUGGAGCUUAGGUCUAAUGAUAAGAAACUUACGGAUCUGACUGCAAGAAAGCGGAUCUAUAAUGAAAUGAAACCAUACCUUACAGACAUUUCGAUUGGAUAUUUACAAGUAAUGACCUGUAAAGCGAGAAAAAUCAAUAAAUUAUUAAUUAUUUGGGUAUAUAUGACUCUGUAA